UGCAUCCGUCUGCCUUCGCUCGGCUUCUUGUGUGUCUGGCUGUGUGAGAGGAGAGUGCGCUAGAAGGAAAAGAAAAAGCCAGGCAAGCCAGUGGGAGAAGCUAGAGAGUCGGCGGCGGAGAGAGAGAGAGAGAGAUAGUCGGGGGAGGAAAGAGGCAUUUUUUAAAAAUACAAAAAUAAAAUCCAGCAUCUGAGACAAACGGAGGGAGAAGGAGAAGCGGGGAGUAGCUAUGAAAUUCAUCCAGGCUGUUUGCUUACUGCUUCUCUGUCCAGCUGUGAGCCUCAACACCAGACAAAGCUACGAUGGGCUGGAGAGGAAGCUGAAGGAAGUGUUCAGCGAGCGGAGCAGCAUCCUGCACCAGCUCUCCAAGACUUCAAAGGAGCUGGACAGCAUAAAAGGCAACCUUCAGUCGCUGAAAAACGAUGACUCAGUCGCCAAGAAGGACGUUCAGAGGAUUCUGGAGCUGAGCCACAAACAGAGGGAGGAGAUGAAGUCCCUCCAGGCGGCCUUGCAGAAGCAGCUGGACGAGGCCAACGAGCGAGCGGAGAAGCAGCAGGCCACGAUUAAAUUUCUUAAGGUGGAGAUGGAGAAGAAAACCAAAAUCAUCAAGGAUUUACAGCAAGAGAACAAGAGUUUGAAAAACAAGCUGCUCUCUGGGAACAAACUCUGCGAUGCCUAUGCUGAAGAGUCCAAAAAAAUCCAGGCUCAACUGAAAGAACUGCGGUACGGGAAAAAGGAUUUAAUUUUUAAGGGGCAGCAGCUAAUGGACCUGGAGCACAAGCUAACCAUCGCCAAGGAGGAGCUGGAGAAGACGGCACUGGAUAAGGAGUCUCAGCUGAAGGCGCUGAAGGACACCGUUCACAUCUGCUUCUCGGCCGUCCUGCACAACCAGCCCAGCAGCAGCCACAGAUUCCCCACCUCCUCCACCCACUUGUUCAGAUACUCGUCGCUCAUCAACAGCUCCAGAGUCACCUUUCAGCAGCCACACGCCAAGGAUAUCUCCAAAGUUCAGAGAAUCGUCACGGCCAGUAAAUCGUCCGUGAACGCCAUGAGGAGAGAGAGCGGCGGCGUUAAAGAGUGCCAGAUGGAAAAGACCGGCAGCGACUGUUUCCAGAACCAGACAGAGGAAUCAGCUCCACAAAGUAAAUCGCUACCAGAGUCGCAGCAGCAGAGGAGCCCAGAGCAGAGCGGAAGAUUCAACACGAAGCCGACGGACGGCGGCGAGGAGGCGGAGGGAGGCGGCAGCAGAAAGACGACGCAUCAAGACGACUGAGAGGACGACUGCUGCAGCCUGAAGGAUGUUUCUGAAGAAGAGCACACCCCGUGCACGCUCACAACACACACGUGCACUCUCACACACACACACACACACACACACACACACACACACACUGUCAACACACACUCACACACACGGAAACACACUCCAUCUGAAUCCUCCAUAGUAAAAACUGGCAUGCGUUUAGAAGUUCUUUUCUGAGGUAGCAAACGGCAAACUGGUAACUCGUUUCAUGAUCAUUUGUUGUUUACUUACUGAGUUUUUUUUCUUUUCAAGUCGAGGACACUGCUUUUAAAUGUGUGAUCUUUCUAGAAUUAAAUAAAAAAAUUAUAAAUAAUCCCUUUGCACUGGUGAGGUCUGACACUGUAUCCUGUGAUGAGUAUUUUAAAUUUGACAGAUUAAACUACUACUACUCCUACUACCCAACUUAGACUAUCGUUUGUCACCCAUCGUAGCUCCAGCUUAAUUUCCUCCUCCACAUUUUGAACUAUAGAGGCUCCAAGUUGGCUGGCCAACUGUUCAACGUUUAAUAUUUCAGCACUCUUCCUGCCUUUACCACUCGAGAGGCAGCGAGCCGAAGACUCACACUGGGUCGUCUCCUGAGAACGUGCCAUGCACUGAGUAGAACCUCCCAGUGUCCUCCUGUGUCCUUUAAUGAACUGUAAUUUUCAGUAAAUGUGUGACGAAUAAACGGUUAUUUGUGGGAAA